AUGCCACCCCAUGUGACAAAGAAGCGUCCGUCUUCGAGCAAAGACUGGGAUGGAAUGCGUGCCACAAUUGAAUACUUGUACUCAAUUGAAGGGAAGAAGCUAUCGGAGCUGAUGACUAUUAUGGAGAACGAGUACGGGUUUGUCGCAACGUGGGUCAAUGUCAUCUUCUUCUUUAACAUGUCACAGAGAGCUGUGUUUGAACUGACAACCCUGUUCAGGCAGAGGCAAUACAAGCGCCAGCUAGGAAUCUGGCAAGUUGAGAAAAAGGUCAAAAAGGACGAAAUGAGGAAGAUCCUGCAGAUUCAGAAACGCCGACGGGAGCUGGACGGCAAAGAAACAGCGUUCAUCGUCAGAAACCAAGUCGUAACACAGGAAAAGAUUACGCGGUUUGUGCGAAGAACACACGUCAAAGCCGACCUACACAGCCCUGCCUGUGAGUAUAUUCUACCGACCAAGCGGAAGUGGUGUUUUAUGGUUUCUGUAUACUAA